CGGUGUCGCUAUCAAAGUGAUGCCCAUUUCCACUCUGUCAUUAUAUUUGUUUCGAUGACUUGGUAUAAUGGUUAUUUAUCGCGUUUAGAAAUCAUAUACUACAGGUCCCAUUAGAAAUAUACAAUUCAUUGCCAGACAAUUAUCACAUGUCGGACGGAGUUUUCUAUACAACUUGCACACAAACUCGAGUUAAAAGGAGACCGUUCACCAAUGUGUCCGCCGAAGCAUGACCAAAGGGCUGAGACAUUUGUAAACAUGGUGGAUACACGUCUUACUGGUAAGGCAAGUAUUCUAAUUCAUUACCGUGUUAUCGUCCAUUUUUACUGUAUAUGAAUUAGAAUUUAAAACCAACACACAAACGACACCAGCGACUUCUUCCUGUGAUACACAAACUCGUGUAUGGUGUUCAGUGACUAUCGCACAGAAGUGUUGUGUUACUUUGUCUAAUGGACAUAUACCGAGAACUGUGUUACUUUGUCUAAUGGAGACAUACGCUGGGAACUGUGUUACUUUGUAUAAUGGACAUAUAUACCUAGUGGAUAUAUCCUGACAUAAUUCAGUCUGGGAGAGCUGUCCCCUCAUUCCAUAUGUAUACUAUGUGAGGUUCCAAAACUUUGUUUGUAAUAGGAGGUUUUAAAAUUCGUAAAAAACAAAAUCUUGUUUGCUCAGAGUAAACAUAUUGUGUGUUUCUAUAUACUAAACCAGUACGUUGACAAUAUCAGAGUAGAAUAAUUUGUUAAAUGUGACAUCGAUGUGCUUGUUCCUGAGCAUAAACAGGAUAAAAUCACAGGUAGUGUCAUCAUACGUAAUGAUUACGAAGGAGGUGUGUGUGAGACCAGGAGCUAAUGGACACCAUGAGGAACGAGGAAGAACCUAUCCUUUACAGGCAUAACAACACUGAACCAUAACUAUACAUGUACAAUCUACUAAGAAACACAGCCAUGGUCUAUUGUUUUUCCGAUACACGCAUUAAGCAAUGCUCCGGUGGAAAGUAAAUGUCGUGAAGAAAUCCCACGACCGCGUGACAGCUGAUGUGACAUGGAGUACACAAUCGUUCACGUUAAAGGGAAUCCAGGCAGCAUUCAAACUUCCCUGUGUUGUGAAGUGUUGUUACGAGUCCUGUCCCGUGGACUGGGACGAUUUUCACUUUGAUCUCUCCCAGCCCUUGUUGCUCCACAGCUUCCGAAAGGUCAAGAAACUCCAGGUCAGAUGUAUUCAGAAAAAUGAGAGUGGUCAGUCGCAGGAAUUUGGCCCCGUUCUGGUCAUUCCAGAAGACUACGAUGGUUGGUUUUAUAUCAUGAAGUCUGACGAUUCACGACCAAAGCUCCACAAGACGGUAGCAUCUCUAGCCGGAGAACCAGUUUCCAAGUUCUAUGUGGCCUCCAGCCUCAGCUACCUCGCUCUUUACGGGGAACCCGGGGAUAAGAAACCUCAGACAGUGGACAGUAGACAUAUGGAGGCAGGGGAAAUCCUAGAAGGCUCACAAACAGCUGGAACUGCAACUCUUAAAAAGGUGCUGAAAGUGAAUACCGAAAACGUUCCAGGAGGACAAUUUCUCAUCUGUACAGAUGAAAAGGAUGAUAAAAUGAUACUGCCUUUGUCAAAGAAUGGUAAAUUUUAUAAAUUAGCUGACGACACGGAAGAAUCCGACGGACUGAGGAAGAUAGCGGAUAUAAUAUCAAAGAGAGACCAGUUUCCUUUCAAAAUCAGACAUGUCAUUGGGGAGCUUCCCGCCUUAUCCUCUAGUUAUAGAAACGUUUUACAGUGUUUAGAUGUGAUUGAGGAGGAAACGGUACUGGCGUCGACGCUAGACAAAAUGACAAUGAUACCGCUAGAACUGCAGCUUGACUCUCCGUUUAAAUUCAAGAUGGGAUUAAAUGAGAUUCAGUUAAGAAAAACGAAUAAUUACGCCGAGGCUUUGCAUAUGUGUGAAACUGAUGGGGAGGCUUACGUCAGAGGGAUCAAAAUAGCCUUCACUAUUACUCCUGAAAGUCCUCUUAUGGCUUCUACAACUUCUAUCGAAAGUGAUGGUAGCAUGGUGUCCCUGUCAAAGCUAUCAGAUUCUUUAGAAAAUGACACUAAGACUGUGUCACUGCGAAGUGUUGAGGCUUCCGCAUCAACACAAGAACGAGCAUCAUAUGCAGAAACUGAGUCAUCGUUAGAUGAUGUCCCGUCAUAUUAUGACACCGGAAGUGAAAUAGAAGAAGAAGAUGCUCAGUCGGAGUUCAUGUUUGAAUGGGCGCCACCGGAAACAGUAAAACGUUUGUCAUCCAAGAAAAAAACAGCUGUAAAGAUACCAGUGCCUCCUAAAGUGUUUAACAGUUCGAUCAAUAAAAUUAACAGCCCGAAAUCCUCAGUAGAGGAAAAUAUAAAUGCUAUAUGGAAUGAACAACCGGAUGUAGUAUAGCUGACAUGAUUUCAUCAAUGACAUCGUUGACUGAUGUACUGCAACAUUGCGUCUGUAAUCUCAGUUAUUGUGAGUGUUGUCCCAUUUUAGCUCAUGACAUUUCCUUUGAAUUGCAAUGGACAAUGACAUGUAAAACCACUAAAUCCAUGAAUCGCUAAUAAUACUUAGAAACUGAAUCAUGUGUCGUUCUAACUUUGUCGAGGAGAUCUGCAAGUUUAUUUACGAUUUCCUAUCAGAAUUCCUAAUGAGUAAUCAUGUUCAAUAACAGUCAUGCACUUAUUAUCUUUCCCCAAAAAAUUAAAGCGAUAUGUGACUGGACAUUGUACCCGACCUCAUGAGGACGUUAAAGGAGGUCAUCGCCCAAACAAAUUACAAUUUUCUAAUUUAAUGACACAAAGUUCAAAUUUCAGAUUUUCUGCAUCUGUUAAAUUUCAAGUAACGCUGGGUUUCGAAAAAAAAACACGUGUAAUUAUAUCAAUAUAGAUAGAAAUCCCUGACCGAUCUAAAUCGUCGAGGACGAGAAAACAUGCAAUUGAGGCUCCCAAAUAAGGCUGUCCAAUCCCAAAGUUCAGUGCGAAAGCUGGUUUCUGAUGUUAAAAAUGGCCGAACAAAAACGUGCUUGAAAGAUAACCGUAAUGGAGUCCACGACAGAACAAGAAAACUGAUAUAUGACACAAACAGUAUCCCAAUAUAUCUUUGAGAGGAAAGAUAAAUUUUGGAAAUGUUAUCAAACAAGAAACAGGCAAGCCUGCAUCCUACUUGAUACCGUGUACAUACAUGGUAAAGGUGGACGAGAGCACUUUUAUACGGUAUUACGGUAUUGUCUUAUGAUCCGUAAAUAAGUUGAAUUAUGGAUAUUCGAAAAUAGCGACAUUUCCCACUUUAGCUUGCCAUCUUCAUGUAUCAUUAACUUUAUCUCAAUAGGAUCUUAAUGAAUGAUGUCUGAAUUUCUGUCAAAGCUAAAUUAAACUUUCGGUCUUUGAUAAAUUGUUUUUGAAAUGAAAAGAAAGUCUGAUAUCAAUGUUAAGUAUGCUUGAAGUAGAUCUAUAUAUAUAUUAGUCUCGCUUUCGAUAUUAUCGCGUCUAGGGACUAUUUGUCCUGGUCAAGUCUGUCCAGUAAAAACAAUGGAAGUACAUAUAGGAAUGGAACUCUGGAGGCAAAAUGUAUUUAUGUGUGAAAUUUGAUAUUUUCUUGAUAUUCUAUUUAUACGUGGACGAUGACCUGCUUUAAAUAUUAUUAAUAGCAUGUGUAUUGACAGACGAGGCGAGUACAUAUAUAGUAUGUGGACAGAGCGCCCUGUCAACAAUCACAGACAUGCCAAAGUGUAAAAUAAAUAAAUACAUAAAUUAAUAUAACAGAUUUGGCUUUAAGUGGCAAUAAAGAUGCUAUUUUUCAUAAGGCAAAAGAAUGACCAUUACGGUCAAAUCUUCAUGAAAAUGCAACAAGUCACAUAAUGGCAAAAACAACUGUUUUGUUAAUAUUUUUUAAUAUUAUGUUCGAGAAAACAUGAUUAAUUCUUCAGGUUAAAAGAUUGGUACAUGAUGGCAAAAGGUUUUUUUCACCUUAAGGGAAACAAAUGUUGUUUUUUAUCGCUAUUAUGUACAAUUUAUUUCCCUUAGGUCAAAAAACCGUUUGCGAUUAUGUUCAUACAAUUGUAUUGUCAAAAGUUGUUUGACCUUAAGGGAAAUAAAUUCUUGUUUGCCAUUAUUAACAUUUCAUUUAUCCUUCAGGUAAAAAAAAAAUUGACAAUAUGUACAUAAUGGCAAAAGUUUGUUUUUUUAACCUUAAGGUAAAUAUUAGUUUGCCAUUAUGUGACUGAUCAAAUUUAUCUACAUUGUAUACUUUUAAAAGGUAAACAGAUAUAGAUAGCAUUUGACGUUGAGGUAAAAAAUAGAUAAUGGCAAAAAAAUACACUGUACUUGCCAUUAAGGUUAAAUCAUUUCCCCUUAAGUGUAUGAUUAGUGAACAGGAGUGCGCAAAACGAGAAUAAAUCGUUUUAUAGCAGUUAGUAUUGUUAUAAAACUUUGUAUAACAAUACUAAUCCACGAUAAGGCCACUACGUGGUUACAUAUUAUUGUAAACUUUCAUAAUUAAGCUAUGUAUCCAUAUGAUAGUAUCUUGUUGCUAUAAAACGAUUUAUUCUAGCCUUACUUAUCAUUUCUAUAAUGAAAAACCACACUCCUGUCAACAAGUAUUUGUGGUCAACAACAUAAGGACCAUCGACUUAAUUAACACCCACUAACAUUCCGUGCAAUAUAUAUAUAUGUAUUUAAGUUUAAUAUACUUGCUUUGACUCCUUGGCGUGUAUGCAAUAAAUGAUAUAACUAAA